GGGUUACUGCAACAACACUCAGCAAAAUUUGAAACCAUACAAAUCUUUCUCUGGUUUCAGAGUCUUUACUAAUUCUCCCCAUCCUAAUUUUCUCAUCUUAUAUUGAACUAAACGACCAUGGCUAUCCGUAUGUCUCGUAUAAUCAUGAAGUCUUCCACAACCGGAGAUGUUCCUAAAGGCCACUUCGCUGUUUAUGUUGGGGAAAAGCAGAAGAAGAGAUUUGUAAUCCCCAUUUCAUUCUUGAGCCAACCUUUAUUUCAAGGCUUGCUUAGUCAAGCUGAGGAAGAAUUUGGCUUCGCUCAUCCAAUGGGUGGUGUAACAAUACCUUGCAGUAAAGAUGUGUUCAUUGAUCUUACUUCUCGCUUGAAUAGAAUCUGAGGCUUUUAUUUUCACAGUUUUGUAAAGAGCUAACCUUUCUAGUUAGUACACCAUAUUACUGAUAAUUAGAUAGAGAGGACCAUGUACAGUCAGCUGCAGCAGAAGAUCCCAAUUUUGAAUGUAAUUUUCAGUAGCUGAUGUCUAAAAGAUAUGCAAUACAAUCUUUAACAAAUGAAUUGUUCAGGUUCAUUAUUUAGCCUAUUUAGUUUUUUGGUUCUCUUUUUCUUUGUUAAAUUUGUUGUUCAAAGCCUAACACAAGCAACUUGCCAUAAUUAGUCAAAAUUGUUAGUCAGUACAUCAGAUGUUGGUUCUUUAAGCAUCCUAAGGUCAGGUGUUCUGUUUUUACAAUUUUGGCAAAGAGUUUCUAUUUUAUCCUAUUUUUCCUUUGUUCUA